AUGUCCUUCCUGCUUGACCAUACCCCUGUGGCCGCUGGGCUGCUCAUCGACGACCUCGGUCCCGUCGAGUGGACAAAGCUGUGCGCCGUCUCGAAGCGUCUCCGAAGGCAGCUCGAUCAACCGCCCUACUGGCGGCGACUCUUUCGGGCCUACUUUCGCCUCUCGGCCGCCGAGCUCGACAAUGGCCAUCGUGCUGCUGUGAUCGCCGCAGAUGCGUUCCUGCGUCGAACCCGUGCCACUCCGUAUGUCUGCGAGUCCGAGAUCUGGAAGGCCGCCGUUUUGUCGCCUCGUAUCUCUGCUGCAAUGAAGCACCUGGCGACGAACCACCAAGCAGCGCUCGCCGCGCGCUGGCGACAUGCACCAGAGUUCGCCGCCCAAGACUCCAGGACGCUUUCCAACUGGGUCAUCCAUGGCACCAUGCCCGACGACGUUGGUCUCCACGAAAUGGACGAGUACGAGCUCCUUCAUGUCCACGGCUGCACCCAGCUCCCAGAGACCGUUUGUUUUUGGAGGCCCAUCCACAUUGCCAUUGAAUCACACAGGCUCCGCCGGUUGCCGCUGUCGUUCGGUACUCUACUCUCCGUCUCUCAGCACAUAGAGUUGUCCUGCCCCAAACUCCGAACCAUUCCGAGCUCGGGUCGGCUCUGUGGGGCGACCGAGGAACCUCAUGCUCCCACCGAUCUACCCCAGACCGAGCUCGAGUCUGCCGAUCCCAAUGGGGUUGAUUUGUUGCAGGUCUCGCCGGGCUUGCUUCCUGAUCAGCUUGCUUCGCCACAAGCUCCAGCGGCCUCUCCGCUCCAGUGCCUGGAUCUUAGCGGAUGCAGCUCGCUGGCGUCUCUCGAAUUCCUCUCAGGCCUUCCAAAUCUGACUCACCUCAUUCUGGUUGGAUGUGGCCAAAUUGAAUCGAUUGCUCCCCUGGCCCGCCUCGCCAGCCUAACCCAUCUGGACCUCACGAUGUGUGCGUCCGUGGCUUCAGUCCAACCUCUCGAGACCCUCGUCAAUCUGGUUGACCUCAGCUUGCUGGGAUGUGUCCUGAUUCCCUCGAUCUCGGCGCUCUCGAAGCUGGCAAAGCUCAGGAUCCUCAACCUUCGGGGCUGUGCGCAUGUCGAUACGCUCGAGCCUCUCUUUCGGCUCGCAAACCUUGCCACCGUCAUCAUGUGUCGAGACCACCAUACCAAGGACCAAGACAGCCAAGUUCGGAAGCUCAACGAAUAUCGUCAAAUGAACAGCCUGGGCAAAGUCUACAUCGACUAUCCAAAAAUGUCAUGGGUUGCUCACGAUGAAGGCCAUCCCCUCACGCAAGUCACCAAGCCGCGACAGUCAUGA